AUGGGCGUUAAUUCUACUAGUGAGUGCAAUAGAAAGCCAGUGAUCUUCAACUUUGGGGACUCCAAUUCGGACACAGGAGGAUUCUCUCUUGGAUCUGGAUUCACCUUUGGACCUCCCACUGGCCGCGCCUUCUUCCACCACCCCACCGGUCGGUUGUGCGACGGCCGCUUAAUGAUUGAUUUCCUUUGUGAAAGUUUAAAUAUGGACUAUUUGACCCCAUACAUGCAAUCUUUGGGGCCAAACUUCACAUACGGAGCAAAUUUUGCAGUAAGUGGUGCAUCUACCCAACCCGAACGCAAACCUUUUAAUUUGGACGGCCAAAUUCGUCAGUUUCUUCAAUUUCGAACUCGCUCUAUUGAGUUAAUAUCAAAAGGUUACAAAGAUUUGGUUGGCGGUGAAGAAUUCAUUAACUCACUCUACACAAUUGACAUUGGACAAAAUGAUCUAGCUGCUUCAUUCACUUACCUUUCUUAUUCACAAGUUAUAGACAAAAUCCCAUCCUUCAUUGCUGAAAUCCAAACUUCAAUUCAGACCUUAUAUCAAAAUGGAGCAAAGAACUUUUGGGUACACAAUACGGGGCCACUUGGGUGUUUGCCACAAAUUUUAUCUGUAACUAACCAUAGUGCGAGUGAUAUUGACAACUAUGGAUGCAUUCAGUAUAUGAAUGAAGCGGCAAAAGCGUUCAAUAAACAACUAUACGCUCUUUAUGAACAAUUGAGAUCUGAAAUGAAGGAUGCGACAAUUGUACAUGUUGAUAUAUACUCCAUCAAAUACGGCGUCAUUUCCAAUCCUUCCAUCUAUGGUUUUGAGAAUCCGUUAAUGGCAUGUUGUGGCUAUGGAGGGCCACCUUACAACUACAAGCUCAACCAUGCGUGCGGUGUGCCGGGUUUCAACGUUUGCGAGGACGGAUCAAAGUUCAUAAGCUGGGAUGGAGUUCACUAUACUGAGGCUGCCAAUGCAGUUUUUGCUUCAAAAAUACUCUCAACAAAUUACUCUACACCUCCACUUAAGUUUCAAUAUUUUUGUAAGACCUAA